CACUUUGGUAAAUAUUUGCGACUAGUUUAAACACGGUUGUAAGUAUUUUUGUUGGUGUUGUUGUAGAGGAUUCGAAACUCGUAGGUUCGAAAACUUCGUGCAGGCUGAAGACUGUGAUAACAACUCGUAACCUGAAUUAGGCGGCUCCGUGGCAGGAUGGCGCAGCUGGACGGACUUGUGAAUCGGCUGGAGAAGGUGACCGCUCGGCUGGAGAAGGUGGCGCUCCACUCCGGUGUGGCAGGAGGAGGCGCCGGCGGUGUCGGCACAGCUGACGCACCCUACGUGGUGGCGUUUGACGCGAUCUUGAACGGGCCGGUGCACGAGUACAUACGGCUGAGCAAGGAAAUCGGCAGCGACGUGGAAAAGCACGCGGAGCUCGUCAACGGUUCAUUCCUGGCAGAGCGCAGCUUCCUGGUUGUGGCCUCCAAGCACAAUCAACCCUCGGAUGAGGAGUUGAAGAAGCUGCUGGAGCCCAUCUGCGAUCAGAUCCAGGCGAUCCAGGCAUUCCGUGAGGCGAACCGCGCCAGCAAGCUCUUCAACCACCUGUCGGCCGUCAGCGAGAGCAUCCCUGCGCUGGGCUGGGUGUCCGUGUCCCCCAAGCCCGGUCCCUAUGUGAAGGAGUUGAACGAUGCCGGGACGUUUUAUACCAACCGCGUGCUCAAGGACUACAAGGACAGCGACAAGAAUCACGUGAACUGGGCACGGGCAUACAGCAAUAUUUGGACGCAGCUCCAGGCCUACAUCAAGGAGCACCACACCACUGGCGUGAGCUGGAACAAGUCUGGGAGCCAGGCGACGGCCGCCGCAUUGCCGUCCUGCCCGUCGGCUCCCCGUCCGGUGGCGUCGGGCCCCCCGCCACCCCCGCCCCCGGGCCCACCGCCCCCCCCCGGACUCACCACGGCCCCCAGCGGCGGCGCCGGCGACGCGGCCAGCUCGCGAUCGGAGCUCUUUGCUCAAAUCAACCAAGGGGAGCACAUCGCUAGCGGCCUGAAGCACGUCUCGGACGACCAGAAGACUCACAAGAACCCGACCCUGCGCACUCAGGCGCCAGCAGCCGCCGCCCCCAGCCACUCUGGGCCCAAGCCAUUCACCACGCCCAAGCCGGGCGCAGCCGGCGCCGGGAGGGCAGCCGUUGCCGGGGCGAGUCCGGCUGGCGCCGCAGCCAAGAAGCGGCCGCCGGUGCUGGAGCUUGAUGGCAAGAAGUGGAGAGUGGAGUACCACGACAACGCAAGCAACUUGGUGUUGAAGGACACGGAGCUGAAGCAGGUGGCGUACAUCUUCCAGUGCAACAACAGCACGGUGAACAUCAAGGGCAAGAUCAACUCCAUCACCGUCGAUUCCUGCAAGAAGCUGGGCCUGGUGUUUGACGACGUUGUGGGGAUCGUGGAACUCAUCAACUGCAAGAGCGUGCAAGUGCAGGUCCUGGGCAAGGUCCCAACCAUAUCUGUCAACAAGACGGACGGCUGCCAGAUCUAUCUGAGCAAGGACUCGUUGAGCUGCGAGAUCGUGAGCGCCAAGUCGUCGGAGAUGAACGUGCUCAUCCCACACGACAAGGACUUUAAAGAGUUCCCGAUCCCGGAGCAGUUCAAGACCGUGUGGAAUGGCAAGAAGCUGGAGACGGUGGCUACGGAGAUUGCUGGAUAAGCCCCCUGUCUCCGGGUGGCAUGUGCCGCUCCCCCCAAACCCAGCAGUGAUCCCAACCAGCCAACAACCCACGGGGCGGCCAGUACACACAUGGCAAUUCGCACCAACUCUGCCCCGCGCAAGCAAAGUAGUGGAAAAAAAAAGACCUAAAUCUACCGUACGAUCCUAUGGAAUAUAGAACACUUCCAAGCAGGAUUUAAUUAAUUGAGAGAAGCCGAGAUUUAAAAAAAAUGUUCAAAAGUAUAAUGUUUUUGACGUGAUUGUUUGGAUUUGUUUUCUUUCUGUUUUUCUCCUGAAUUUGAAACAGGUAAAAAAAAAAGCAUAAUGCACGUGGCUUUUGUCGGGUGGAGUUGGUGCUAAUGCCCUGAACCCAUUGGCGCUUCCGAUGGGAAUAAAAAUCACACCUCGGGGAGAGAUUAACCUUGGCACUCCAUAUUGUAAUCGUGCAUCAAGAAUAUUUUUGCAGGCAAACCGGAUGCUUAUAUUGCACUUUCUGGAUUGCUGCUUUGGUCGAUAUAUUUUUUCUACUUUUGCUAGGUUACUGCUCCGAUAGAUCCCUGGACCUCAUCAGAUGUGUCAACUAACUUGAAUGUCUGCUUUUCUAGCGCGAUACGAUUGUGUGGAAUUAUAAGACCGUUCGGGCUAUAUGCCACUUGUGAUGACUUCGAUGCAUUUUCCACGUUGGCCAAGGUGGUGUCACCUUUUGAAAUCAAAGUCCCCGCUUCAUUCCUCAAUUAAAUUCUUCGUUACGUAAUGGAAACAUUCCUUGAAGAUUGAUUCCCGUUGAAAAUCGUGUUCUCCCCCCCCCCCCCCCCCCCCCAGUUUUUGUCGUACAAUCGCACAAAAUAUAAAUAUAUAUUGACUUGCCAAAUAUUUUAAUGAGUUUUCAUACUGCCAAGUCUAUGAACCAACUUGAUUGUUUUUCGGGUCAGAGGUACAAAUAGUCCAAUUCAACCAUUUUGCGUAUUCUUAUUGUUGUUGCCUGUUCACUUCAUUUGCUUUCACUUUAAAAGUCUGCCCAGACGGACUCGCCCUCUGCAUCUUUGUCAACGUGUCGCCACUUAAGUCUGCGGAGAACGGACAUUCCGCUAAAUCGACCGCCUCCUGCGCCCAAUUUAUUUUGUGUGUGUGUGUAAAAUAAUAAUCAAUUUCAUUAUGACGGGCACCGAAUUAGUGCAGGAGCUUGAAUAUGGUACCGUUUGCCAGACCGCCGGAAAAUUGAUUGUGUGUUUUUUUUUAUAAUCGGUUCUCACCGGGGUUUUUUUUUGGUUAGUGUCACUGCUGAGCUUUGGCCAAGUUUUGUCUCCUCCCAUUUCAUUUUGCCGACACUUCGUUAUUUUCUCACCGUCAUCGAUUUGUUAAGAUUUCUCCUCUUGAUCGCCGUUUGCUAAACGUCGCUUUCUUUUUGUGGCUGUUGCGAUUUUUGCUUUAGCUUCACUGGCUACUGCUGGCUUCUUAAAAAUAAAAAAGCACCGUUCAUUUAGCGAAAGACGUAGAAAACUAGAACGUUUCCUUCGUGACGACGACAGUCGCGAGACUUAUCACUGACCUGACCCCAUAUUGCGCUAAAUCAUGUGUUACCCUUUAGUGGCAAUAACGCAGCACGGAUCGGAAUGUAAUCUGCGUCAGCGUCGCGUACGGGCAGCACUUAUUAAAGCCGUCUCCUGCGAAGACGCCCGCUGUACGUAGGGGGACCCCCCCCCCCCAACACACGCUGUACGCGCCUGUGUGACCUUCGGAAAGGAGUGCCAUCGACUUGUCAUCGGCAGCAGAACCUUCACGGUGGCAAGUUGUGUGCGCGUUGGUCUGUCUAGAUGUUAAAAUUGGUUAAGGAUCCACACGCAAGAAUGCAUGGGAAAUCAAUCGGCCGGGCGCCCUACCUCCAAUGUUGCAUCAAGUGAACUCGUGGGUGUUUUUUUUGUGUCUAUCGUCACAAUGAUUAUGACCGAUGCACAUCCACGGCUUGCUACCUAGCCUAGCUACCGGCUGGCAAUCCCGUGUCCACGCGAGUUCGCCGUAUACAACCAAGCCCCCCCCCCCCCCGUCUUUCCCCGUUCAGAGUUGGGCUUCUUGGGCUCUCCAUCUUAAGACCUCAUCCGCUGCCUCUCCCUCGCUGCCCCGGGGGACUGAGGCGGUUGGUUGGGGCGGGGGGGGUGCACCACCGCCGCGUGACAGGUGCACGCGCGGCGCAUUACCCAAUUUACAUGCAAAUGAACGAGAGUUGCGCGCGGUGUAACAUGGUGGGUGGCGGGGUGCGAGUUUGCUAGCCGUGGUGAGAGCGUGACGGCUGGAAGCUUUGGGAGAGCAUGCGGGUUUUGGCAGAUGGUUCGCUCCUAUCCGUCGUGUGUAGUGGUGGAGCGGUGGGGGUACGGGAGCUGGUGUGCGGUGGGGGUUGGCGGUGGUUGAAUGCGUUGGUGCGGUAUAGCUUUUACGGGCCUUUCCCCACGAAAUGUGGCGGCGUUUGGACAUGGUGUGGCGGGGGGGGGCGCGGUGUUUGUCCAAAGUGUGGUUACUCUUGGGAAUUAUGUACUUUGCAACAUUAAAGUGGCAGUAACAAUU